GAAUCAUCCUUUCCUUAUCAAUCAACAAAAAAUAAAAAAUCCCACUGUGUCGCGAAUUGUUUUCAUCCUGUUCGAUUUAUUUUACCUUGUAAUAAUCAUCGUGAACAAGUGAUGAAUUUUCUCUAGAUUCUGGUUUCCAGUUACCCAGCAACUAUGUUUUUUACUCGAGUUGUUCGUACGGAAUUUCCAGAUUGGUGAAUUCUUCCACGUAAACUAUGCUCAACAAAGUUCAGUAUUUUAUAAUACCAAGAUGAUGUGAUAUCACUACAGUACGACGUAUUAUUAUAAUAAUCCUAGAUGGGUUCUCGAUUAAGGCAAGAUGUUAAACACUUUUUCGAGUGUUUUUGCGAAGUCGUUGGUCCGAAAGGUGACCAAAACAAGGCUUGGAUCAUACAAAAGUUUCCCGAAACUUAUAAAGACGAAGCUGUACUGAAAUUAGUUCCAGAGUUCGCAUUCCCUUGCGAAUUCGAUCGAAAAAUAAUGCAACAUUAUUCGUUCGUUUUGACAAACGUCGAUUCGAAAUGGACGUUUGGAUUUUGUCGUCACGAUCCAGCUUCGGAGACAGCUUUGGUUAUUCUCACGUAUCUUCCAUGGCACGAAGCUUUCAGCAAAUUUCUAAAUUACAUCUCAGAAUUAACUCAAGGACCUCAUUCUGAUCAGUUGUGGAAAUUUCUCGACGGCGUGUACCAACAUAAAAUUCCUAGAACCGGGUUCGAUUUAUCCAUAUCGAUUAACCCGUCUAUGAAGGCUUUCAUUUGCGAAGCACCUAGACCUUUUACGCUUCCUAGUAUACCGGAGAAUAGAAAUCUGACGGAAUAUUACAACGCCGUCGAUAUUCGAAAUAUGAUGGUGAUAUUCGCUUCGAUGUUGUGCGAACGUCGUAUUAUUUUUACGUCGAAGAAAUUAUCUCGACUGAGUGCUUGUGUUCAAUCAGCGAAUGCGUUACUGUACCCGAUGAAUUGGCAACAUAUUUUCAUACCAGUGUUACCUAAAUCGUUAAUAGAAUAUUUAUUAGCUCCUAUGCCUUAUUUAAUCGGACUGCCACAUUCGUUACUGCAGCACGUCAGAUUUAGUGAUUUAGGCGACGUCGUGAUGCUCGACGCGGAUAACAAUACGAUCGAUUCGCCUUUCCACGAUUUAGAAAGUCUUCCUUCUGAUGUAGUUCAUAAUUUACGUAAGCAGUUGAGCAAUAGAGCGUCACUUUUAGGAGAUGGUGUAUCGAAGGCGUUUCUGCGAGCUUUGGUGCAGUUGAUCGGUGGUUAUAGAGAUGCGUUGAAAAUUAGCCAAGGCAAGAAAAUCACUUUCAGUAACGAAGCUUUCGUCGAAUCUAGACCGCCGUCCAUUCAACCUUUUUUACGCAAGAUGCUCGAGUUGCAGAUUUUUCAACAAUUUAUCGAAGAAAGAUUAGACUUGUUGAAUGCUGGUCUGGGCUUUUCGGAUGAAUUCGAAUUGGAAGUGUGCAAUCAUUGCGAUAAAUCUAGUUCAAAAAUGCAACAAUACAGAGACUGGCUUCAUAUCAAAAAAAAAGAAGGAACCGUUAUUUUUAAAACCAUCAUCAAACGAGCAAAUCCUGCGAUGAAAUCUGCUGUGAAUUCGGUUAAAGAACGAGGUAAAGACAUGCGAUCAGUGUAUAAAGAAUUUCGAUCCAAAUUGAAAGAUACUAAAAAAGACAAACCAAACUCAGCUCCUAGUUCGCCGACGAUGGUACGAGCACAUUUUCCAGCCUUGGAUUCGAAGCACAAUUCGUCAUCUGGGACGAUUGACGAUAAAUCGCAAUUCCAUUUAUUAGAAAAGCCGAACUCUUCGUCGCCCGGUUCAGAUGAUGAUUUUUCGCCAAUGAAUAUGGAUUUGAUGGGCGAUUUGCAAGAUGUAAUAUUUCGUAAUUUUUAUACCAUAUCUAGCGAAAGCGAUGGAGCGUCGCCUUCUUUGAAAAAACCUAAGUUACCAGUUGAUAAAUCUCACGAAUAUCCAAGAUUACAGAAAAACACGAAAACAUAUUCGGACGAUACAGACAGCGUGUUCAAAUCGUUUCACGAGCCUUUGCAGUCGUCCAGUUCUGAAUCAAAAUUUCAUAUGAACGAACCGCAAGAUUUAAUCAGACUAGAUUCGUCAUCCAGUAUCAGUGACUUCGACCCACUAUCAACCUCGACCGGGCAACCAGCGUUAUCACCUACGGUCGGCGUCAUAAAUCCACUCUACCCGUAUUACUACCCGGAAAAAAAGCAAUCUCAAAAAGAUUCGGAGCUAUUGAGCGAAUACGGAAUCGAUUUCCAUCGACUGGCGUUGCCCGCCUCGAAUGAAUCCAGCGACGUUACCGAUUUUCAAAACGUUGUUAAAACGAAAUCAGAAUGGACGAAAUUCGAGUAGCAUUAACAUUAUCUCGUCAAAUACUAUCCCUUCCCUUGUUUCUCUCCAACGAGAGAAAAGUGGUGGAUUUAUAAUUUUGCUGUGCACAAUAUUGUAGAAAAAUUAUGCAUUAUUAUUAUGUAAUUGUCAUUGUCAGGUCUGUGCAAUAUUUUUAGAGUUCGUUGAAUGAAUAUUCGAUAUAUUUUUAAAAAUUCUUUUUUAGUUUAAAAUGUUCCCAUUUUUUUUUAUGUUUACCUACUGGUAAUUAUUAUUGUUGAGAAACCAGUGAGCUGAUUAUUUUGUGUUUUACCAAUUGCGCGUAUUGAAGCCUAUUUAUUCUUUUUUUUUUAUUUUUAAAUUUCAUUCGAAUGAAUCAUUUUUCUCAUCGUUUUAUUUAUAUACUCAUCAUUUCAAUAUUAAUCUAAAUGAUAAGUGAUAUGAUUGUAUUCUAUGUUUCAUUUUAUUAUCUUUUUUUUUCUGUUCGUUGUUGUUUUCGAAUGUGAAUUUAAUUAAAAUCGAGUACUGUAGCGUAUUUAA